AUGAACGCUCAACUACUCAACCCUUUUACCAUCGAUAUCCCCGACUCUGUCUCGACCACACUCUCCACAGCCGAAUGCAGCACGCUCCUCUUCAACCACGGCUCGUCCACCCUCGCCGGGCAGUACCUCGCCGUGGGGCGCAACGACGGGUACAUCACCAUCUGGGAUAUCGAAACCAAGUCCGUGCUUCGCUUGCUCGCGGGCCACGUGCGGCCCGUAACGGGUCUAGCGUGGAGCAAUUACAACCGGUACCUUGCGAGCUGCAGUAGCGACUGGAACGUUAUCGUUUGGGACUUGGCUGCGAAGAGCACGGUGGGUCCGGUGCUCAGGCAGGAGGCUGCGGGCGGUUCAAGUCAUGGUGAGAGUGGGAUGGCGGUGGAGGGUCUGGAUGCGAGACUGCCGUUUGCAAGCGAACGUAAGAAGACGAUCCGUUUUGACUGUGCUGUAGCGUCGGUGCAAUUUGCUCCGGCCAACAGUGGGCGAUUGGUUGUGGUGCUUGCAUCGCAGGAGGCGUAUCUCAUUGACAUUCGGGACAAGAUCCGGCUGCGUCGACGACGAGCCAAGGAUGGAAAGUUACAAGUCGAAGAGCUUCCAAACGCACCGCGAAGAAUCAUUCUCACCGCCGCCAUUAGCAUGCCGACCAACACUACAGACGAAGGCGAAGGUGAAGCGUCCGAGGCAGCAACCGCAGCAACCGCAGCACCGGCGGCGGCGGGGAUAACAGCAGCCCGCUUCACCCCCGACUCGCGCUUCAUCGUUGCAGGCACCUCCAAAGGAAGCUUGCUCAUCUUUGACGCCUCCACUGGCGAGCUGCUUGACGAGCAGAAGGUGCUCAGCACAUCGUCCGGUGUGAAAGAGCUCGCGUUUGACGCUGCGGGCAAGCUUCUCGUUGUCAACUGCAAUGAUCGCGCGAUCCGGAUCGUUGCUGUCUCGUCCACGCCCAACAACGCCGAUGAAAGGGACGCGAGCGGUGGAGCAGCACGGCCGUCGAAACGCCUGCGCGCGUCCACGCUAUCGCUAACGCUACUGCACAAGAUCCAGGACAUGAUCCAGCGCACAGCCUGGAAUAAUGUCGGCUUCUCGCCCUCAUCCGAUUACAUCUUCGCGGGUGCCGCACACAAAGCGAGCCACAACGUGUACGUCUGGGACCGCACCUCGGGGACACUAUCCAAGAUCCUCGAGGGGCCGAAAGACUGGUCGAUUGGCGUCGACUGGCAUCCGGCACGGCCCAUGUUGGCGUCCGCCAGCAACACGGGUGCGAUUUACGUGUGGUUCACCCCGACCGAGGAGAUCUGGAGCGCGUAUGCGCCAGGGUUCGAAGAGCUCGAGGAGAACAUGGAAUACGAGGAGCGCGAAGACGAGUUUGAUUUCAUCGACGGCAAGGACGACAUGGAUCGGCUGCGUCAGGAGGAGCAGGAGGCUGCAUUCGUCAGGAUCAGCGAGGGCUCAGCUAGGAGGAUGGCGAGGGGGAGACAAGGGAUGCAGGCGGGAGACGUCGAGGGGAUGUUAGGGUUGAGUCAAGAGGAGGGGAGUAGGGAAAGGAAAGCGCUCAAGAUGGUCGUAUCCAGAUUGGACGAGAUGUGCUAUGAUUCGGGAUGGCAGUCGUUGGGGGCGCGUACGAAUGGGAAGCAGACAGACGGGAUGGCGGUAGAUGGCGAAAAGGAGGACGAGGAGAGGCUGCUCGAGUUUGAACUGUUGGACAACGACGAGAGCGACACGUUUGUCAUUCCUCCUCGCCUCGAGAUCGACUAUUCGGAUUUCCACGAUGAUCACAUCUAG